AUGAAUUGCGAAGCUUGUAGGAGUGUCAUAUCUUCAGAAUCUGCUAUGAAAUGUAAACUGUGUAGCAGUAUUUACCAUUGCCAAUGCCUCAACAUAAGCAAAGCUCAAUUCUCUUCUCUGGGAAGUGAAUAUCGUGCCUCUUGGGUUUGUCCCUCAUGUCAUAACAUAACUCGCCGUACUAAAUCUAACACGAAUACUCCCGUUAAGCAGCAUCUGGUGCCUCUUAAUGCUGGUGAUAUCGACGGUUCUAUAAACAUGUCACUAGACAACAGCGGUCACGGUUCCUUGCGGAUGGGUCCUGAGACGGAACCGGUUACAAUGGAGAGCAUUGGUAAGCUGCUGGACAGCAAAUUGCAAGUUUCCUUUGCAAGCUUUAUGUCAGAAUUUAGAAGCAACUUCCAAAAUGAUGUAAAAAAAUUGGUUCGCUCUGAGAUGACUGCAGUGAUUGAUGAAGUUAAAAAUGAUUUCUGUACUUCUAUCGAAUUUAUUUCUGAGGAGCAGACAUCCCUCAAGGCCCAAUUAGAGGAGAAAUGCAAAACCAUUAAGACUCUCCAGUCUAAUAACAUUUCAUUGCAGAGGGAUAUAAAUACUUUGAAUAACCGCAUCGCAAAUAUAGAUAAAUUGUCGAGAAGUUGCAAUGUCGAAAUACAGGCUGUUCCAGAAAGUAGAAGUGAGAAUUUGGUUUCUAUAUUUAAAAAGCUCUGUUCCGUGAUUAAAGUUCCAAUGGAGGACAUGCACGUGCAGGCCUGCAGACGCGUCGCUAAAAUGGAUAACUCAUCGAAACGUCCACGUAAUAUUUUGGUGACUUUAUGUAAUCCUCGGCUGCGUGAUACUAUUUUGUCAUCUACAGCGCGCUAUAACAGGGCACAACCAGAUGCUCCUCUCAACUCUUCUCAUCUUGGUUUCCAAGGUGAAUCAAGUAGGAUCUACGUGGCUGAACAUCUGUCUCCGGAAUGUAAGAUAUUGCACAAGAGGACCAGAGAGGCAGCUAAAGAUAAACAAUAUAAGUAUGUAUGGGUAAAAUAUGGCCGUAUUUAUGUCCGCAGGGAUGACCAGUCAGGGGCUAUUUUAAUAAAAAAUGAACUCUCCCUAUCUAAGCUGUAA